AUGGAAGAUACAUUUCCCAAGAUGGAAAUCUUUACACAAAAGGAAUUACCAACUUGUUUUCAAGAAAUAGCAACAACAGAAUCCAAGUAUUUGGAGGAUACAAUUAUAAGAAGAGGCUCUUACUCUCUCACUUCCUCAUCAACAUCAUCACCACAAAAGCUUUUCUGGUGUACUUCAAAUUCUACUUCAAUGAAACAAGAGGUACCUUUAACCACUUUAGUUAAUCAAAUACCUGCAAAGUUCAAUGAUCAUCAUGAUGACAUGAAGAAUAUGAAAGCUAUAAACCAAUCCAUUUCUGAAUUCAAUUCUAUUUCCAAUCCUAAUGUCUUAGCCUCAGAUAUAAAACAUAGUUUUGUUCCUCUAAAUCUUUUGGAAACUCUCCCGGCUUUAACCGUAGCUCCGAUGUCUGAUGAGCCUGCAGUAUCUUUAGCUUCUUCUACUUGCGCUACACCGAAAUCUCCAAACUUGACUUUGUUUUUGCAGGAACCAUCCAUGCUAUACUCAUCAACUUCAAAUAUCAAAAGUAGUGAAAUCAUGUCAACAUCUUCAAAUCCCACAUAUCCUAUGUCUCAAUUUGGCCUAACUCAGCAUCAUCAACAAAGUGCUUAUGAAUUUUAUGAUUCAAACAAAAUGGACAGGAAUAUGAUAACAAAUCUACAAUCCAAGUCUUUCAAUGAGAAUUGGUUGAGUGCCACAAAGACUCAACCUAUGAAGUAUGGUACAAGAGGGAAGCUUUUUAAAGGGGUGAGGCAGAGACAUUGGGGAAAAUGGGUUGCUGAAAUUAGGCUACCAAGAAACAGGACUAGGGUCUGGUUAGGGACAUUUGAAACAGCUGAAGAUGCUGCAAUUGCAUAUGAUACAGCAGCAUAUAUACUAAGAGGAGAAUGUGCUCAGUUAAAUUUUCCAAAUCUAAAGCAUGUGAUUCAAGCCAAUUCAUUGAAUGGAACCACUGCUUCCCUUGUUGAGGCAAAACUGCAAGCAAUAUCACAAGGAGUUUCUUCUUCUCAUAGAAAGCAAGGUGAUUCAUCAGCAAGGUUAAACAAUAGGCACAUUGAUGAGAUUAAAAAUGGAAAGGAUGAAAGUAUAAAGGAGUUGAAGGUUGUAGGUGACAUAACUGAGAGAAGCAAAAGUACACAGAAUGAGAUAUGUGAUGUCGAAACUGUUCAGUUAAGUAGAAUGCCAUCUUUAGAUAUGGAUAUCAUUUGGAAUGAACUUCUAGUUUCUGAUUCAUGACCAAAUUAUUUCUUUUUUACUUUGAAAGUAUACAUGUGAUAAAACCAUUGUAGUGUCGAGACUUCAUGGAUGGCGUGCUCAAUAUCCAACACAUGUCGGUGUCGGGCACCAACAUAGAUGUAGUUAUAUUCAAUAACUUUCAUUUUCUCAUUAUUACCAUUGUGUACAUGUUAGUGUUGUGUUCAAUGUCUGUGUGUGGUUUCACCAUACAACCUUUUGUUUGGUUUACAAUUGUUGUCUUCAUUUGGACCAUAUCUCACAGUAUACUGUACUGAAUCAACAUCAGAUUAAGGUUUUCAUUUUCAUGUAAUGAUCAUCAUAUUGAAAUUAGUAUCCUUUUUAACUCCA